CAUUAUCCAUGUUAUAGAACUCAUUCAGUCAAGAUGAUACUUUCACGAUCCAUAUUAUUAUUAGUAGUUUCAUCUUGCAUACCCCUCAUCAGAGCACAGGAACUAAUUGGCCCAUCAUGUUGUGACAGCCCUAUAUGUCUACAGGGAACAAUACAAGAUAUUAUAGCGAAGCUUUCAGUUGGAAUUCAAUCAAACAACCAGGAACUGUCCAUUAACCCUCUUCGGUACUCUGGUCCCUUCGACUAUCACAUCAAUGUUUCGGAACUCAACUUCAUAGUUGUAACGACAAAUAAUGUCUUCCAAGGAUUUGCUGAUUCAAAAGUGUCAGAUGCUCAGUUGAGCGACGAUGGACCAAACACUGUGAUAUCCUUCAACACUAGGACCCCUCAUAUCAAACACACGGGAGAUUAUACGAUGGAUGGAGUACUAAAAAAAUUAGAAGGCUUUGAUGGUCAAAUACCUCUCAGAGAAAAUGGAGUAGCUACAUUCACAUACAAUAACACAGAGUUUCAUCAUGAAAUCAUCUUGGACACCGAAUACAGACACGAAAAACCAGUCUUGAGAGUGCGAUCGUACAGGGUGAAGCUGCAGCACGCCGAAGCGUACACUGCGACCUUCAGCAACCUCUUCGGCGGCAAGGACAACGUCAGGUCGAAAGCUUACUCUGGCUACAUCAGCAAGUCCCUUCUAAAUAUUGUCAAGCAGAUAAUGCCGGAAAUAAAUGGCUCCUACAUCAAGGCAUUUGGCAAGCUCGUUCGGGAACUUAUCAAUGGCACUCCGGCAGAAAAAUUGUGUCCAGGCAGGCAAAGAAACUGAUGCUAUUGAAGAUACAAAAUAAUUUGUUCUGAAAUGUUUUAUAGAAACUCGAUUACUGCAUAUAUUUUAGAG